GUAUUUCUGGAAAACGAAAUUCUUUAUGGUCAUUCGUUCCCUGUUACCGAGGAAAUGCAAAAGGAAGAUUUCGUGUUGCCUAUUGGAAAGGCCAAAAUCGAACGACCUGGAGAUCAUGUUACCAUCGUUUCGUUCUCGAAAGGAGUUGAGUUGUCCCUCGCAGCUGCUAAGGAAUUAGAAGCUAUCGGAGUUUCCGCUGAAGUAAUCAAUCUUCGAACGUUACGUCCCCUAGAUUUUGAAGCCAUACAGAAUUCAAUAAUGAAAACGAAUCACUUGGUCACCGUCGAACAAGGCUGGCCAUUCGCAGGAAUUGGAGCCGAAAUUUGUGCACAAGUGAAUGAGUCGCCUGCUUGGGAUUACUUGGAUGCUCCUAUUUUGCGUGUUACGGGCGUAGAUGUACCCAUGCCAUUCGCACAUCACCUUGAGGAUGCUUGUCUUCCCCAAGCAUCUCAUAUCGUGGCUACGUGCAAGAAGAGUCUCAACAUCAAGUAG